UUUUAUAUUUCCUUUAACAUAGGUUGGAUCCAAAACCAAUGAUGAUGCAAUGUGCCAACAGGGCAACAGUUGCACAUUUUUCACUUCGUUCAUUGGAAUGAAUAAAAUCAUUCUUAGAGCAUCCAUAAUGGAUAAUUUUCUUUUUUAUUUUUUUUGUCAAUUUUUAUUUUACUUUUCAACUAGGAGGGAGAAAAUAAUAUACAAUGGACUAGUGCCAUUCAUUCUGCCAAUAGCCCAUUCCAAAUAUCCAAAAGCCCAAUACAAUUAUACAAAACGCAAAUCUGAAAUUCCUUCUGCUUCUCGCCUUGAGCCCUUGACCAGUUGACCAAGCCUUCUCCAUUCUCAACGAGACCACGACUCCACUCCACAUCCGACGGUUUUCCACUCCCUGUUGUCUCCCUCACGCCUCGGGCCGACGCCCUCGCUCCUCAGUCCUCACAUGCUCAACGGCGACCGUACGGGACUCAGGUACUCAGCGGCUCUACUGACCUCACUUCAGCGUCGCCCGUUCGCGCCUCACCCAAUCAGCCCUCUGCGGCUCUGCCUCACCGAAUUGUAACUCCUCUGCUCAAGAAGAACUUGAAGUUAUCCUCUUCCCUAUUCAACUGUAAUCCAGGCUCUGCCAUUGGUGCCAAUUCCAGCUUAUGGUUUUCCCUUUUGCUAGCUAUGGAAACCGACUGGGCUAGCUUUUCUGAUGGAACGACAGACAAUGAAGAUGGUGUGGAGGACGUAAAUGAAGAUGAAAAUUUUUGUUCAUAUGCAUCCGGUGAUAUACCCAAAUUGCAGUUUAGGAAAGACAUAUCAAAAGCCAAGUGGAUUGCUAAAAUGGGAAUGGCUGAGAUUGUUGAGAGGAAGGGUCGUCUCUGGACAACAACAGGGAUGAUUCGCUAUGGAAAACUCUAUUGUUCCAUUGAAGAGACUUUAUAUUUAGCUGAAAUUGGGGCUAUGCAUCUCCUUGAUAACGACGAUGCAGCCAUUUCUCUUAAAGACAUAUAUAACAAGGUUGCAGAAGCAAAGAAUGGAUGUUCUUGGGAAGCUUUUGAAGCUUACAGGCACUUGAAGUGCCUUGGAUACAUUAUACGACGCCAUGGUAUUCCUUGGACUGUGAAGAGAUCUAAAAUGAGCACUACUGCCGACCAAGACAUAGCAGAAGUUGAUUCAACAGAAUCAGAAGAUGGGCAUCACAUCUCUGAAAUGUUCAGCAGUAUGAGCAUUGAUGAACUUAAACCAGUAUUUGAUGUUUACCCUCCUAAUGCCAAAUUCAGAAAAUCUUCUCCAGAGGCUCUCCACCAUCCAAACAAGGGAUUGAAGAUGUAGAGAGACGCUGCAAUGGCAGUCCUGUGAAAUUAUGCAACGUUGAACAUGGACGUGUCAGUUUCUUCACAUUCAACAGAGUGGAGCUUCCCACUCUUCCCUGAACUACUUGCCAUGGCAACAUAAUAGCUGUGUGUUCUUUGUGGGGGAAAGAAAAGAAGCACAAAUGCAAACGGUACUCCCACUCCUUAGUUUCUUGAUUAUCGCUCCUAGGAGGAGGAAUAUAGCAUUACUCUCUUAGUUUCUUGAUAUCAAAGCUCCUAGGAGGAAUGUAUAUAUCUUACUCUUUUAUUGAAUCCUUACUGGUAAUUGAAGACUAAAGAAUCAAGGCUGAACUAUAAGCAGUCUGUAGCUGCUGUUGAUUGUAUAUCCGCCGUGAGCACAUAGCCUGCAGGCGUAAUAUAUGAAGCAGCCAGAAAGUAAAGGAACGCCACCAAUGAAGAAACUUCAUCUGCUUCUCCCGCGGUGGCUUGAUAACUACAAAAUUUAUGAAAGUUGCCUAUUGAUCUUUCUCGGUUUAA